AUGGCGUCGGAAGGAGAUAAUAAGAAAAGGGUGACGCGGAAGUUGACCAAGAAGAGGAAGGAAGGCCAUCAAGUCACUAUGGAGAUCCCAGAACGGUUUCGAGACGGCGACGAUGCGGAGGAGGACCAUACCACGCUCGCCGGCGGUAAUGCCUACAUGAACCAGUCAGUCUUUGGCAUGAUAGCUGCUGCUGGCUCCCAGGUCGAUUUCAAUGCCAGAUUUGAUACGCAGUCGAGUGAUGAGGAGGAAGACUCGACCGAACAGCCUUCACAGGAAUCCACUGGUUCCAAUCUCCAUGUGGAAAAGACCCGGCAGGACAAGACCGCGAAGCCAGACAAACAUAGGAGAAAGUUCUCGGAGAACAGGCUUCUACGGUCGCUUCCACGGCUUGGGACAAAGUCAAAGUCGAAGAUCAAGUCAUCCUCUCCGCAUAGUCCGAGUUCUCCGGCUCACGAGUCUCCUUCCGACCUUGUCACGCCUAGUAUACAGCUGCCUCGAACGGCAUCGAGAGAUGCACCAGUGAUGAGUCGAAUGUUGAAUGCAAAGGCAGAACUUUCUAUGCGGCCGAGCUUCGAUAUGCCAAGAUCUGAUACCGAGGGGGAAGACAACGGUCAGGUUCGAUCUAGUAGUCUUGCCAAAAGAUUAAUGGAAAUAUUCAAUUUUGACAAGCCUGAAGAUGUUAUAGAAGAAUACCCCUGUUGGCUUCUGAAGAGCGUCCUACUUCAAGGUUAUAUGUACAUUACAACAAAGCAUAUAUGCUUUUACGCAUAUUUGCCUAAAAAAUCCAACGAAGUUGUGAAAUCCGGAUAUCUUUCGAAAUCCGGAAAACGAAAUCCUAAAUACAAUAGGUAUUGGUUCCGGCUAAAAGGCGAUGUUCUUUCAUAUUACUCGGAUCCUUCAGAGCUAUAUUUCCCAGCUGGCAACAUAGACUUACGAUACGGCAUUACCGCAAAUGUGGCAGACAAGUCAAGUGGGAAGGACGCAGCACACUUCACCGUGGUCACCCAUCAAAGGGUCUUCAAUUUCAAGGCUGACAGCAUUCCAAGUGCUAAAGAAUGGGUGAAGUCGUUACAGAAGAUUAUAUUCCGUUCUCAUAACGAUGGAGACAGUGUUAAAAUAUCGCUUCCGAUCGAGAACAUCAUGGAUAUUGAAGACAGCCAAAUCGUCGACUUUGCUGAUACUUGCAAAAUCAGAGUGAUCGAUAAUGACGAGACAUUCGCGAUUGAUGAAUACUUCUUCUCCUUUUUCAGUUUCGGUAAAGAGGCUUUAAAUGUGCUACGUAUAUUAGUUGAAGACACAACUGCAAAACAGAUACCAGAAGACCUAUUGAGUCCGGCCUUGCCAAAAGAUGAAAGAGCAAGCCCGAGAGGCAGUACGUCUCGAAGAUCCUCGGCGAAUCUACUGAGAGAGGGCCGCCCUUCCAUGACCCUUGCGAUACCACCAGAGACACCUGUCUUAGAGGAGAGUGUUCGGGCAACACUAUCGCCAAUAGGUGUAGUGCAAAGCCCUAGAGCAAGUGUAGAUAUUAGUAGAGCGAGCUCAGAUGCAUAUCGACGAAGCAUGGAUCUAACCAAAUUUGGUCGCAGGAGUGUUGAUUUGAGCAGGAUGACUAUGGACUCUGGGGGAAGGCGUAGUAUGAGUGCAAGUAGACGGAGUUUCAGUCGAAAUCGCUUACCUUCUGAAAAGCAAGGAUCGUCUGAUUCUUAUGUUCAUUCGCUAGAGGAACAUGGGUCCUCAGCAGCAAUACCUUCAGCGAGCGACGACACACAGGCAUCCGCUAGUCAGAUACUUAGAGGAAGCGACGUCUUUCUGUCACCAACCAUUCAGCGUUCUUCAUCGGCUUCACAGCGCCGCGAUGUUGAUUCACAACGGAAGGUGCCAUUAACGCAUUCACCAACUCGCAGCAAUACGAUGAAUAGAAGGCCGCGUCCAGAACACGCCCUAACGACGGGUUCAUUAAUUGGCCCGUCCAGCCAACAGUCUGACCAGAACGCGUCAGGACCAUCACUACAAAACUUGGUCAAGGCUGGUGCAUAUCCGCUCCAACGUGCAGCUGGCUUCGCCGGUUACCUCAACAGACAUUCAAAGCGGAUGAGCACACUUCUCGCAACGGAAUCCAUGGGCUACGUCGAGAAGGUUUCUGGGAUGUGGAAAGGAGGAAAGAAACAUUACGACGAACCAGAGGGUCUUAUAGCGGAUGGGGAGCCGCACGUGGAAGGGAACGAUGAGCAGGCUGCAAUAUCUGGCGAUAGAUUUCGUGACCAUUUCGCCCUACCCGAGACCGAAAAACUACAGGCAGCAUAUUUCGGAUACCUCCAUCGCGUUUUACCUUUGUACGGUAAGAUAUACAUCAGCGAUCGAUCCUUCUGUUUCCGAAGUCUCCUACCUGGUACCCGGACCAAAUUGAUCCUGCCGUUGAAGGACAUUGAGAACGUAGAUAAGGAGAAGGGAUUUCGUUUUGGAUAUUCGGGACUAGUUGUGGUCAUCAGAGGUCACGAGGAAAUCUUUUUCGAGUUCAGUCAGCCGGAUAUUCGGGAUGACUGCGCAAUCACAUUACUUCAGAAUCUGGAAGGCAUGAAGUUUUUGCAGGAAUCUGGACUAUUAUCGAUGGAAGAGAAGGAGAGUGCGCAAAACGCCAGCGCCGAACACAAAGCCUUACAAAAGGCGCGACUUGAGGAGAACCCUAGUCACGAGUUGAAGCUGCCGCAGUCUGCUGAAGAAUCCAAAAGCGAGGCGCCACCGAUAAUGUUUGAUGAUCCGCGAGCAUCGAUUCUUAACUUCAAACCAACCGAGUCGCUUCGCAUUACCUGUCUAACAAUCGGAUCCCGCGGUGAUGUACAGCCUUACAUUGCUCUUUGUAAGGGUCUGAUGGCUGAGGGUCACAAGCCGAAAAUCGCGACUCAUAUCGAGUUCAAAGACUGGGUGGAAAGUCACGGGAUCGCAUUUGAGCCUGUUGCUGGCGAUCCUGCGGAGUUAAUGAGAAUUUGUGUCGAAUACGGAAUGUUCACAUACUCCUUUCUGCGGGAGGCUUCCAGUAAAUUCCGAGGCUGGAUUGACGGCUUACUGUCAACUUCAUGGAAGGCUUGCCAAGGGUCGGAUGUUUUGAUUGAAAGCCCUAGUGCCAUGGCCGGAAUUCACAUAGCAGAAGCGCUUGAAAUUCCGUACUUCCGCGCGUUCACAAUGCCCUGGACCAGGACUCGAGCAUACCCUCAUGCGUUCGCUGUGCCGGAAUAUAAAUUGGGCGGAAGUUACAACUACAUGACUUAUGUUAUGUUUGACAAUGUCUUCUGGAAGUCCAUCGCUGGGCAGGUCAACAGAUGGAGAAAGAACGAACUCGGGUUGCAGUCCACCAGCUUGGAAAAAAUGCAACCGAACAAAGUACCUUUCUUGUAUAACUUUAGUCCUUCAGUGGUACCUCCACCACUCGACUUUAGUGACUGGAUUCGAGUGACAGGUUAUUGGUUUCUCGACGAGGGUGGUCAAGAUUUCCAGCCAGACAAGGACUUGAUGGAUUUCAUUGCUAAAGCCCGCAGUGACGGGAAGAAGCUGGUCUACAUUGGUUUUGGAUCCAUUGUAGUUCAGGAUUCUGCAGCUCUAACCAGAACUGUGGUUGAUUCUGUUGUCAAAGCAGAUGUUCGAUGUAUCCUUUCCAAGGGCUGGUCUGAUCGGUUGGAGAAGAAAGACGCUAAUAAAAUCGAAGUCAAAUUGCCCGUAGAGAUCUACCCGAUCAAGCAAGUGCCUCACGAUUGGCUCUUCUCACAAAUUGAUGCUGCCGUACAUCAUGGAGGGGCAGGCACCACAGGUGCUAGUUUGAGGGCUGGCAUUCCAACAAUUAUUCGACCUUUCUUCGGAGACCAAUAUUUCUUCGGCUCACGCGUCGAAGAUAUGGGUGUUGGUAUUGCGGUCAAGAAGAUUAACGUCAGUGUAUUCGCUCGUGCUCUCUGGGAGGCAACAAAUAGCGAACGAAUGAUCAUCAAAGCCCGAGUACUGGGUGAGACAAUUAGAUCGGAAAACGGAGUGAACACCGCUAUUCAAUCUAUUUAUCGGGACAUGGAAUACGCAAAGUCGUUGAUCAAGAGCCGCAAAGGCAAACCGUCCGACGACAACAUUGAAGAUUCAGAGGAGAGCUGGACAUUUAUUGGCGACGAGAAUGAUCCUGAGCUGGUAAAGCGAAUACACAACUGGGAUAGUGUGGCCCAACUGGGAACAUUGAACCGCAAGAACGAGGGCCUUGCCGGGUCCGAUGAGUCUGGGAGUAAAACAGAUACAGAAAUUAUGAUGGAGAGUACAUCGACUUGA